ACAAAUGACAACUUUGAUUUUUCAAGUUUCUGUCUGCGAAUUAUUAAAAUACCAAAUCAACAGAGAUUUCAUCAAAAAAUGUCUGCACGUCAAGCUAUACAAGUUGGAACUAAAGCAGUUAAACCUGUACUUUCAACUACUCAUGGAGAAGCCAGAAGGCGGGUAUUGAAUCUAUACAAAGCUUGGUAUCGUCAAAUUCCCUACCUAGUAAGGGAUUUUGAUAUGCCAAAAAAUGAAGAACAAUGCAGAGAAAAGUUAAAGGAGAUUUUUUUGAGGAACAAAAAUGUAUCAGAUAUUAGAGUUAUUGAUCUUCUUGUGAUCAAGGGACAAAUGGAACUGAAAGAAGCUGUAAACAUGUGGAAACAGAAAGGCCACAUCAUGUCUUACUGGAAACCAACUGAAGAACCCAAACCCCAGAAUUUCCUUUCGAAAUUUUUCUCUGGUAAUGAAUAGAAACAAAGUGUAAAUAGUACCAGUUCUAAGUUAUAUUCAAUCAGUUAUGUUAAUAAAAUAGAUAUCUGUAUA